GCGGGGCCUGCGGGGCGGGGCCUCCAUAAAGCGGCGAGGCCCGCAGGCUAGCGCUCUCCGCAGGCCCCGAGCAUGGUGCUGGGGGUUCUGGCCCCGGGUGCGCUCCUCCUGCUCCCGCCGCUCCUGCCGCUGCCGCAGGUGGCGCUGGGCUUCUCGGACGGCAGCUGCGACCCCUCGGACCUGUGCCCGCCCCAGGCCCGCUGGAGCAGCCUGUGGCACGUGGGGCUUAUCUUACUUGCUGUCCUCCUGCUGCUGCUGUGCGGGGUCACAGCCAGCUGUGUCCGGUUCUGCUGCCUCCGGAAACGGGCACACACCCAGCCACACCUGCCACCAACACCUCAGCCUUGCGACCUGACAGUCAGCCCUAUGGAUAGUGACAGCCCCGUGCACAGCACUGUGACUUACAGGCACCCGCACCCUCUGGCCCAGCCCAUGCCUGUGCUCGGAGGCCCUGUCGCGUCCUCUCGCCGCCCGGGCCCUGCUCCACUCCUGCCCCACCAGCCCACCAGGGACUCUGCCGGAUGCUGGGAGCAGCCUCACCAUGUCCGUGGCCGGUGGGGAGAACACUGCACGCUGGCACUGGAGCUGCUGUGCACAGAACACGAGGGGUGGAGGUGUCAGCUGCAUUUUAGCUGGGCCCAGCUGCCUGGGGUCCCCAGAGUCCAGAUUCCAAGAUCCUUGUAUGGCCAGAAGAUCCUGCAGCCCUAUUUUGGACCAGGCUUGGCCGUUCCCCACAUAGCCCCUUUCUGGCCCUCCUUGGCCUAAGCAUCCCCUCACCCUGAAGCUGCCCCUGGGAUCCUAGGUCGCAGCCUCAGCCCUCUGGAGCCAAAGCAUGGAGAGACACCAUGACUGAGGACCAGGAGCAGGAAAGGGACUGAGGGGUGGCUGGGGAGGCCUGGAGCACUUGCCCAUGUGUUCGCCCUUUGCUGUUCCCUCUUCACCGUGUCAUCCUUUUCGAAUUUUCUUCCCUAUGGGGGCUGUCCUCCCACCAUUCUGCCCUAGGACGCUCACACAGCCAGUCAUCACUUACUUAGGAGGGUUCUUUCUGAAUGCCCACCCUGGCCUGGUGACAACCUCCCAUCCCUGUCGGCCGUGUGCUUUGCAGGCUGUCUCUACAGACGGGUCAAGAGGACAAAUACACCCCCCUGGCCACCCUGUGCAAGAAGGGGCUGGAGGUCUGCAGUCCAGGGAGGGGACAGCUGGAUGUGGUGUGGUGGUGAGAGAGGGCAAGACUGGCUACCAGGAAACCAGACCAGAUUUCCUCUGAGCAACCAGGAGCUAUUCUGGGACUUCUCAAAGAAACCUGACCUCCCUUCCACUCAGAACAACAAAGCUGGCUCCCGAGGGAGCCUCAUGGCCACGCCGUUCAGUGACCAGAUGCCUGAGCAGCACACACACUCAGCACUUGGACACACAUACCCACCCUCACCUCCACCGAGGGCCUUCCUCCUACCCCGGCACCAAGCACAAGAUCCACUGGCCUGGCCACGGGGCUCAGAGGCUUGCGUUUACAGGUUGGAGCCUCAUGGGUCGUGGGGACUCCUCCCAUCUCAGCCUCCAGCACCCCGCAGGGCUGGCCACAGAUGGGUGCCCCUACCUAAUUCCCCUCACAUCAGUGCAUGGCCCCCAGAGACACACAGACACACCUGCCGCCGCCCACAACUGCCUGACGAACCUGAGCAGGCGAGAUGUGCCAUGGCCCGACUGGCUCAGCCCUGGGCCCUGCCAGAAUAUCUGAAGCCUCUGGGACGCUCCCACUGAGGCCCAGGCCAGCUGCUGAGGCCGCAGGAUUUGUGCUGACGGACAGGAUGGCUCCGGCAGGCACAAGUCCUGAGGGCCCAGGCGACUGGGUUGAAGGAGAAGCCAGCUCCAGGUCCAGGGGGUGGUCCCCUACCUUAGCCCUGGCUGCUCUGUCUGGUCCUGGUUUCAGGCUUGUGCUGAUGAGAAAAGACUUUCGCACUCCCUUCCCUUGAAAAUCUCAAACUAGGACAGGAGUCAGAAACAUUUCAAUGACACUAGUCACAUCUAUAAGCCCAAACCACAACAUGUGAGGAAGGAAGCGGGUGGGGAACUACAGCAGGGGCCUGCUGGGAGAGGCAGGGGGGAUAGUGUUACGUGUCCAGCUGGGCAGCGGGCCCAGACUCCCGCGCAGACGCUUGUCUAGAUGUCGUUGGGAAGGGGAUUUUUUUCAUAUAUGUAUUGAUUACAAUGGUGACAUUAACAUAAAAUAUUAUUCAGAGGGGGAGCUGACAUUUACUGAACACCUGUUACGUACCACAAUCCUUUUUUUUUUACAUUUGUGGUAAAACACACACACACAUAUAAAAUUUACCAUCAACUUUCUCCUUGGAUCUGACUCCUGCGUAUAAGCAGACUUAUACAGGAUUUGUCCUUUGGGACUGGGUUAUGUCACUGAACAUGAUGUCCUCAAAGUCCAUCCCUGUUGUAGCUCAUGUCAGCACUUCCUCCUAUUUUGUUUUGUUUUUUAGAAAGAGGGGAGGGGAAGAGGGAGAGAGAAAAUCCCAGGCAGGCUCCAUGCCCGGUGCAGAGACUGACAUAGGGCUCCAUCUCACAACCCUGAGAUCACAACAUGAGCCAGAAUUAAGAGUCAGAUGCUAAGCUGCCCCAGCCACCCAGGCACCCCCGCAUUUCUUCCCUUUUUAAGGUGGAAUAAUAUGCCACUGGGCAGAAAGACCACAUUUUGUUUAUCCAUUCUCUUGUCCAUGGAAAUUUAGGUUGCUUUCACUUCUUUGCUAUUGUGAUUAAUGCUGCAAUGAAUGUAGAUGUGCUUGAAGGUUUUUUAGAUGUGAUUAACAUUUAAAUCAGUAGACUCUGAGUAAAGCAGAUGAUCCUCAUAAUGAAGGUGGGCCUCAUCCAAUCAGUUGAAGACCUUAAGAGAGAAAGAGUGAGCUCCCCAGAGGAGGGGAGAAUUCUUCUCCAGAGGGCCUCGGGUUUGAGCUGCAACACCAGGUCCUCCCUGGGUCUCUCUCUGAAUUCACGAGCCCCACAAUCUCCACAAAGGAAGCCAAUUCCUUAAAAUCAACAUCUCUCUCUCCCUCCCUCUCCUAUUGGGCUGUUUUUCUGGAGAAUCCUGACUGAUACAGGAGGCCAAUAAAGGCAACAUGUUCCAAGAACCUGGA